GGUGUGCUCAGUCUGGGUAGACCAGUGAAAUUCCUUUUUGUUCCCAACUUGAGGAAGUUUUCUCACACACUAGCACACAAGGUUUGACUGUAAACUGAGGCACACUCAAAAAGGACGCACCGGGACUCUACGCUGGCACACAGGGAAGUACUACUGGCAUCUUUGUGGAAUAUAUCGCUCAAAUCUUUCCAAAGAGUUGGGAAUGCUUCUGUUAAGAGGCAGGUGAACUCUGUUCUCCAACCGGGCCGGGUUCAUUACAGCAGGACAGGUUUCCAGCCGCUGAACAGCUUUGACUUCACUGGAUGUGUCAUGGGGAUCUCGCUUGCUGGGAGUAUACUUAACUUUAAUGCUGAUGAUGUCAAUCCAGGAGCCGUCUUCUUGUGAUAUUAUGAAAAUCAACUUUACGCUACCUGUAAAGGUCUCAUCAAGCCUUCGUCCAGGAGAAGGCUAGAGAAAUGUGGAAAGUUUAACCAUACAAAGGCCUUUUGUUUCCAUAAAGCAUUGGAAUUGAAACUGAAGCAGCUUGAAUAACUACAGUUGGGAAGAUCUUUUCAAGUGACACUAAAACUACGACUUGUAGAAGUAAAAAUGGAGAGUGAAAGUAAUAACUUUAAAGAACCUUCUGGUGAACAAGGAAAGCAGUCUGCUAGUUCCCUCUUGAAUGCUCUCAACAACUUAUUUGUACGGGAUCGUUUUUCGGAUCCUGCUAUGCCUGUGUUGACAUCUUUUAAAGAGCUGCCAGACGGAGGGGCUGAUACAAUGGAAGAUUGUCCAACUAAUAAUGAGAAACCAUUUCAGGAGGCUAAAACAUUGAUCAAAACGUCCUCUGAGCAAGUGGAGGGAGCCCCAGAAGUCUCGGGAGAGUCUGAUCUUGUACAAGUCACAAGGGUAGAAACACAUAGUGACACAGAAAAUGAGGAUGAUCAGACGGCAAAAACCAGGACAGGUUCUUCUGAUAAGUCUGACGUUUCUGAGAAGGCUCCUUUAUCCGAAGGGGAAAAUGCUACGAAUGGACACGGGAAGGGAGAUGAGCCAAAAAUACCUGUUUUCAGAACACACGGAUUAAGAGAAAGAUCGACCAUAGAGGCCAUUUUAUAUUCUAGUAAGUUUGGUCGCAGAGGUAGAUCUUUGCCAGCGAAGACAUCGUCAGUGUCCAAGCAGGAAGAUGGAGGUAGUACCAAGAAUAGUCCCUCUAAAGAGUCUGUUAUUGCAGAAACUGCUGCGGAAAAUGCUAAAUUGGAUGUAACAGCAGCAGCAGUGGAUGAUGAGUAUGAUAGCAUCGAUUGUUCUCAGCCUGUUCCCUCUGUCAUCUCUGGCAGUCAAGUAUUAGAGGCAUCAGUUCAUAACUGUGAUGCAGUCGCUCCAAACAAUCUUCCAGAAACCACGAAAGAAGCUGAAGAGCCCCAACCUAAUCAGAUUCCUGAAAAAUCAGUCCAGUCGUCAUCCAAACCAGAGGAGCAACCAAAGACGUUAGGUUUGACCCUCUCAGGGCCUAAAGUACCACCGGAGUCUCCAAGCAUCAGUCAGCCGUCUGCCAGCUCACCUGCACAGCGAACACCAGAUCUAAAGACACCACAAGCAAGUUCUGCCUCAUCAGUCUCACCUCCCUCCAACUCUCCAUCCAGGGGUACACCGUUCGUUUCCCCACCUUCCUUCCAGAUGCCAGCUCUCUUCAGUGGUUUGCGGGUGCUAAAAAAAGGAGCAGUGGGGGACGACAGGGAGGUGGUUUCAGAGAUCAAGCAAAGGGAGAAGGAUGCUGAUCUGGCCCUGCUUAGCCUCAAGAAGACUGUGAAUAAAGCCAAGCUUUUCCCCGAACAGAAGGUGGUCUCCACCGUCAAAAAGCCCAAUGAGCCCAAAUCCCUGGCAGCAUCAAAAAGCACGGCAAUGGGACAGCUUACUCAGAGGCUCAAAUUAGACAAUGACACCAAAAAGUCUAAUGAUGAGAAGAAGGAGGAUGUAGAGGGCAAAAAGCAUUCUGAGAACGGAGAAGAGGUUUCGGGGGAGAAGAAAACCGGACCAGAAAAUCUGACGUGUCCACAGGAGGUAAAGAAAACCUCAGACCUGGCCUAUGAGACCUUCAAAAACAUAUUUGGCCCCAAGACUGUCAAAAAGGAAAAAGCAGAGGUUGUUGACGUGGAAGCUGUGAAAAGAAAAAUAAAAAAUGACAAGGAAAAUCUGCGGUUGAUUUUUGAGAGAACUUCCAAAAGUCCUGGCAAAGACAUCAUGAGUCCAACAGAGCCCACCACAGAGGUUUCUCCCACAGACAGCGAGGACCGGACUCCGGGCCGUCUGCAGGCCGUGUGGCCUCCGCCCAAGCCUAAAGAUGAGGAGGAGAAGGUGGGGCUGAAGUACACAGAGGCAGAGCACCAGGCUGCCCUCUUGCAGCUGAAAAGAGAGUGCAAGGAGGAGCUGGAGAAGAUGCAUGCUGAAUUUGAGCUUCAAAUCUUCCGACUGCGAGGAGAGCAUGCUGUCUCAGUGUCACAGCUGGAGGGAGCCAUUGCUAAGCUGCAGAAGGAGAAGCUGCACGGCGCGGGUCAGGAUCAUAGCCCUGUCUGCGAUGUGGCUGUGUCCACCUCAGACGAUUUGACCUCUAAGACCUGUCGCACUGUGGGGAUCCAGACUGACAGGGAGACCUUCAUUAGGAGCCCAGAGGGGAAUGGAGGGGAACUCGCUCAAAGCCCCAACCAGAACCUACGUAAAAAACUCAACUUGGAUAAUAUCGGACUAAAUCUCAAAGACGAAACAGGACCUUCUGGACCUCCACCACCUCCUCCCCUGCCGAACUUUUCAGGACCACCACCACCUCCUCCACCUCCACCUCCUCCUCCAGGUUCCGCAUUACCACCACCACCACCUCCUCCCCCAUUGCCAGGCCAAACUGGAGUCCCACCGCCACCCCCUCCACCACCCCCUCCUCCCCCAGGUGGUGGUCCCCCACCCCCUCCGCCUCCACCUCCUGGCCUACCUGGAGCCGGACCUCCACCACCUCCACCUCCUCCAGGCUGCGGACCCCCUCCUCCACCUCUUCCAGGCUGCGGACCCCCACCUCCUCCCCCAAUGGGGGCAUUCCGCCAACAAGUCGAGGCUGCCCCAAGGAAACCUGCCAUUGAGCCUGCCUGUCCCAUGAAGCCUCUGUACUGGACUAGGAUACAGAUACAGGAAAACAACAACAACACACUCUGGGGUGCUCUGAAAGAGCCCGACAUCGUCGACGCUAACGAGUUCGAAGAUCUUUUCUCCAAGGCCACAGUCAAGCAGAAGAAGAAGCCCUUGUCAGACACCUAUGAAAAGAAAACCAAAGCUAAGAAGAUCAUUAAACUGCUGGAUGGGAAACGCUCACAAACAGUCGGCAUUCUCAUAUCCAGCCUGCAUCUGGAAAUGAAGGACAUUCAGCAAGCUGUUCUUAAUGUGGACAACACUGUGGUGGAUUUGGAGACCAUCGAGGCUUUGUAUGAAAAUAGGGCAACCAGUGAUGAGAUCGAGAGGAUUUUGAAACAUUAUGAGACCUCCAAAGAAGAUGAAGUGAAACUUCUGGACAAACCUGAACAGUUUCUUUACGAACUCUCCCAGAUCCCUGACUUUGCAGGCAGAGCUCACUCCAUGAUCUUCCAGUCAGUAUUUCUUGACAUCAUCUCCUCCUUGCAUCGCAAGGUGGAAAUUAUCUCUAGCGUCUCCAAAGACCUCCUGGAUUGUGAUAGCCUGCGCGAUGUGAUGGGUCUCGUUCUGGCCUUUGGGAACUAUAUGAACGGAGGGAACAGGACAAGAGGUCAGGCCGAUGGUUUUGGGCUGGAGAUCCUCCCAAAGCUGAAAGAUGUGAAGAGCAGGGACAAUCACAUCAAUCUUGUGGAUUAUGUGGUUUUAUACUACUUGCGAAAUUUUGACAAACAUGCUGGUACAGAUAAGAGUGUGUUUCCUCUGCCUGAACCUCAAGAAUUCUUCCAGGCAGCCCAGGUCAAGUUUGACGACCUUGCCAAAGACAUCAGGAAACUGAAGCGGGAUCUGACUGCUUGUGAGAAGAAUGUGGAGAAAGUCUGCACUAACUCGUCAGAAGAACACCUGCAGCCCUUCAAGCAGAAGAUGGAGGCAUUCCUAUCAACCGCUCAAAAGGAGCAUUCUGCUGAAGAGGACCGACUCAAUGCAGCUCAGAAAAGUUUCCAGGACGUGGUGAAUUAUUUCGGUAUAAAGCCAAAGCCUGGUGAGAAAGAAGUCACUCCAAAUUACGUCUUUAUGCUCUGGUUUGAAUUCUGCAACGACUUCAAGAGCUCCUGGAUACGACAAAGCAAGAACAUCUCCAAGGAGAGGCUGAAGGAAGCUCAAGAGAACAUCAAAAAAAUCACAGCAGAAAAACGAGUGGAAACCAAAAAGAUUAAUGCCAACAGCCUGAAAGAGAGGUUGCGGCAGAAGGAAGCCAACGUGCCGUCCAGCUGAGGGAAACGAGUGGCAAGGCAGAAGAGGAAAGGUCGCUGCGAGGAAGCGAGCAGGCCCCGUCCAUUUUACAUUUACCACCUGCCUCACAAUACACCCCAAGAAGACUUACUGUUGUGUCUUUGCUCCGCUAACGGCACCUUCAGCCCAAAUCCUCCACACUUCUCCCUACCUCCAUGGUCAGCUUUCUUUUUUUUUCUUUUUUCUUUUUUUUGCUCAACUCCUGCAGUGGGAACCCACAUCCAACACUGCUGAAGUGAUGGGACUCUAGAAGGCCAAAGGUUGACCUCAUUCAUCCGGCAUGCCACGACCUCUGAUUGCCCAGCUUGGGAUAGGUUUCCAGGGUUCACUGGGAUUCUCAGAAAGCUCCGCAAGCUUUCCUCCUGGAUCUCCAGAAGUCGAGGAUUGUCACUUUUCUAAAUUUUAUCAGACAGCUUACAGGAGAAACUGAAAAUGCUCUGACAAACUCACAGCUUCUAAGCCCCCGGCGGUGUUGUAGGAACUAAUUCCGCUUCCUGUGUCUGUCUUCUCAGAGGUAAAUCCCUGUUGACAAAACACAUCUUUCUUUCUCAGAGCAGGAAGCUAGCAGCGUCUUUUUCAGUGGGGCAACGUCUUUGAUUGACCCCCCCACCUCAUUAAAAAUAACUCUCACCAGUGUUGUUUGGUGAUCUGCAGGGACCGGGCAUCUUCUGAGCAAGACAUGGACUCCUGAAGUGUAGAUUGCUGUGUACAAGUUGUGUGCAAGAGUCCAGGCGGUUCGCUUUGUUGUGUGUUGCUCUGCACCAGACUGAGCUCCGCUGGGUGACGUCCAGAGGCGAACGGCAGCUGGCAGCGAGCCUGCCGCGCAGCCUCGGCCUCCUAACACACACACACAAAGUCGUAAAAAAACACCAGAGCUCAACAUCUCCUAGCUGCACGCUUGCUUGCGAUAUUAAAAAAAGAGGAAGGAAAUGUAUAUCACAAUGUGCUCUGCACAGUUUUAAGCACUUUCCCGCUUGCAGUAGCUGUACGCCGUAGCACUCCACUCUUAUGAUGCCUGCGAGCAUUCUGUUCAGCCUGCUUGCACUCCUAUUUUUGCACCUCUUUUUCUAUGCAAGGACAUUAUCUUUAAUGAUUCUAAAUGUAAUGUCAUAAAGUCAUGUCAGAAUAGAAGAUCUAUUUUAAAAGUAGUUUUAAAAACGAGUUAUGUGUACAAACGUGCGACGCAACUUUUUUGUCACGUUCUUAAACAAUCAAUAUUCCAUGCCAAAAAACAUCGGCUUUAGUGCUUCUUGAGCUUGCCUUCGUAUUGUAAGUUUGUUGAUAAAUUAGAAGAAGAAUAUAUUUUCACAUGGAUGCUACCUGUAUGUUGUGCAUAUUUGAAGCAGAAAGUAAACAAAGCUGCCUUCGAUGCUCAGAUUUGUGCUGCUAGGGUUGUGUUUUGCGUAAUGAAGACAGAAGAUGACCUCAGACGAACUUCCAUUAAUAGGAUUCUCCAUUUCCCUUCGUACCCUCUGUACUUUGUUUUACAGGUGUCGUUUAUUUUUGUAUGGGAAGUCUAAAGCCUUUAACGGUUUUAUGUUUCUUAAGGUGGCGAGGGAAAUAAAAUAGGAGCUGACGCUAAGGACUUGUAGCUUGUAUACUGACUUAUUGUCAGCAGUUCUUUAUGUAGAUGCGUUUUUUUUUUUAUGGAAUUGUUUUAAAUUUCAAGAACAUACUCCUAAAUGCCAAAAGAAGCCAUUUAGGUGAAGAAGUGCAAUCUGAAAGACGUUGAAACUACUUCAUUACAUUUUUUUUUCUGCUGUCAGUUCCAUUACAAAGGCCUGUACUGCGUAAAACUCAUACCUUGAAUCAUCAGACGGGUUUGAUCAUUCUUAAAACUGCUGGACAGUAAAAUGAAUUGUGAGUCAGAAUAAGGUCUGGCAGUAGAACUUUGUUUUUCACAUCUAAAAUUGCUUCCUUUGAAUCUGAAAUAAAAAAAAUUGUAUUUCAACAA